AUGUACCUCUGCAGCGUCGUAUUAUUAUUAUUAAGCACUACCUAUUCAAUAAAUGGUCUAAGCGGAAGCGGAGGAGAAGGUAAUGAUUAUACCUAUGGUAGCAAAGCAACAACUGAUACUCUCAUUGCACGGGAGACUAUAACUAAAUCAAAAAUGAUGCUGCAGACUGUAACUAAAACAUACACUCUAACUCAAGCUGGAACAGCGAAAACAAUAACAUAUAUACAAAUAACAGACCUGAAACGUAUGCGUGGAGCGAGCGCUGAAAUUACAUCCGGUGGAGUAGGUUCCACGACAGUCACAAUAAAAUUUACUUCAGCACGAGGAGCAGGAAUAAAAUCUCAAGUUGAAAUAUGGGGUUCUACAUAAAUAAGCUCCCAACAAUCUUUGUUAAAAUAAAUACAAAAUAUGUACGCAAUCGAA